UUAACCAUAGUACUGAUUUGGAUGAUGCAUUUAUGCUUUCCUUGGAAAAGGUGUGAAUCAACAGGGUCUCAGUUGCUCAAUCACAGGACUCCGGGAUUGUUCUGCUACGCUGGAAUGAGGACAUGGCUUCCUGUGAAGAAACAAACAAGACGAACAUGAGCUUUAACAUGACCGUGGAGGUAAGCUCAAGCAACCGCACAUCACAGGAGACCAUGGUGUUCACAGUGGUCUUCCCUGCCCUGUACUCCAUUCUCUUCAUGGCGGGACUGGUGCUGAACUCCCUGGCUGCCUGGAUCUUCUUCCAGAUCCGCUCUCGCAGUAGCUUCAUCCUCUACCUCAAGAACAUCACAGUGGCCGACCUGCUAAUGACACUGACCUUUCCACUGUCGGUGGUCACCGAGGCCAGGCUGGGGCCCUGGUGGCUGGACACCUGGGUUUGCCGCUACUCUGCCGUGCUCUUCUACACCAGCAUGUAUGUCAGCAUCCUGUUCCUCGGCCUCAUCAGCCUGGACCGCUACCUGAAGAUCGUGCGGCCCUUCGGAGACUCCUGCUUCUACAGCUACACCUUCACCCGGGUGCUCUCGGCAGGAGUCUGGAUGGGCAUGGCAGCCCUCUCGCUGCCCAACGUUAUCCUGACUAACGGCACUCCCAAGCAGCAGCACGCCAACAACUGUACUGGCAUGAAGAGCAAGCUGGGCCUGCAGUGGCACGCUGCCAUCUCGUACAUCAACAUCUGCAUCUUUGCCAUAGUGCUGGUCACCCUGGUGGCCAGCUACAUCUCCAUCUACCGGCACGUCCACCGCUCCAACGCCCAGUUCGUCAGCUCGGCCGAGAGCAAGCGCUCGCGGCCCGGCCAGAACAUCUCGGUGGUGCUGGUGGUGUUCUUCGUGUGCUUCGUACCCUACCACCUGUGGAGGAUCCCCUUCACUCUGAGCCAGAUAGACAAGCACUUCAGUCGGACGGGGGAAGAGGUGCUGAUGUACGGGAAGAAAGCCACGCUCUUCCUGUCCGCCUGCAACGUCUGCCUGGACCCUGUCAUCUACUUCCUCAUGUGCAAGUCUUUCACCCGCCGGCUCAAGGCGCAGCUGGGUAUCAUUCGCACCUCCACCUUCAGUGACUCCGGCUCACAAACCAUGAGGACACAGGUGCGCCGAUUUCGGGAGUACGCCCCCACAGACAGCUGAGAGGAUCUGACCCCUCCCCCUCCUCAGACACUGCCAACACACUUAGAAAGGUCUAUUUGUAUUUUGGGUACUGACAGAAGCAAGGGCGCCAAAUUUGCACAACCAGAGACCAACUGGUUUUGUCUCUAUCUAUUCCCUCAUGCCCUCAGCAACACUGACCACUGGCUCCGGCUCACCCAAAGGACCUGCUCCAUUGCAGUGUAGUCUCACCCUCAGCUGGGUCACUUUCUUGUCUCAGUAAACUGCAGAAACACACAAACUACAAUGCCUCACUACUUCUGCUUCCUGAGGGAAUCCCAUAAAAACACUCAAAGGGCUGUGUUACAGCGUGUCAGGGUGAAUGCACAUUUGUCAGUGGUAUGUUUCAUUCCUUGGAGUAGGCACAGAGUAACUGCAUCUAACUAGUUUUACAUAUAAUGACAGUCUUUCCAAAUCUGCAGAAAUGAGUUUUAUUGAGUCCAUUAAGGAUAAUGGAUGAGUGAUAAAAGGUUAUUCUGGGACCGCUCACACAC